AGCGGAAGACCGGUUCGUUAAGAACUACAGUACCCAACAGCAUCUGCGGCUUUUUUCCGCCCACACGGACUUGGCUCCGCAGUUCCCGUGUAGUGGAAGAUUCUCGAGGAUACGCAGCAAAUCAAGAGGCUCGGCAACGUGCAGACAGGACGGGGAUGUUUCCCACCCCGAUCUACUCUCAUGCUGGCUGUGGAGCUUUUACCGAUGUCUACGACCCUGCCGAGGACACCUUCCUUCUGAUGGACACCCUGGAACAGGACGCGGAAGAUCUACUUAACAUCAAUCCUGCCAUCUGUUUGGAGGUUGGCUCCGGCUCUGGAGUCGUCUCUGCUUUUCUGGCCUCCGUGAUUGGACCUCAGGCAGCCUAUUUCUGCACUGACAUCAAUCCCGCGGCUGCUGCCUGCACGAAGGAGACGGCCCGCUGCAAUGACGUCAGCAUUCAGCCUGUGAUCACCGACCUGGUGCAGGCGCUGCUGCCAAGGCUGUUGGAGAAAGUGGACAUCCUCCUCUUCAAUCCCCCCUACGUGGUGACCCCGUCGGAGGAGGUCGGAAGCAGUGGCAUUGAGGCAUCUUGGGCUGGCGGCGAGAGGGGCAGGGAGGUGAUGGACAGGCUGUUCCCAAUCGUUCCAAAACUUCUGAGCCACCAGGGCUUCUUCUACCUUGUGACUGUGCAUGAGAACAAUCCAGAGGAAAUCAUCGGUCUGCUGGGGAAAUCCGGCUUGAGCGGCCGUGUGGCGCUGUCCCGACGAGCUGGAAGGGAGACGCUCUCCAUUCUCCGAUUCAACAAAUCCUGACCGCGCUCCACCCUCGGAAGAUUCUCGUUAAAUGGCCAACCGCAAAGAGCCUUCGGUGACGUGGGGGUGACAUUUAAAUGUAAAUCAGACCUACUGCAGACCUGCAUUCCAACCACGCAUGAGUCGCGGACUCCUCCAAGGACCGCUUUGAGCCCACCGUCACGGCCGCACCGAGGUGGACUGUAGCGCAUUUGGUGUCGACGUGUGAUCGGCGCUCGCACUUUGAGUUUGAGAGGUGGAGUAAGACGACGACGACGAGUGCAGCGGCCACCACACUUGAACGGUCAUUUUGUGUGUUUGUGUGGGGCACGGAGGUCCCAUCUCCCUCAUUGAUGUUGAUGUGAAUUGUUUGUGUAUCCAUUAGCAGAAAGCCUGAACUGAGUCGACCCCAAGCUAAUAACCAUUUUGUUGUUGUUUUUUUUUUUUGUUACAAUUUGUCAUUCCUUUCAUGCAAUUUAUUUUGUCUGCAGUGUUACAAGUCCUUCUGAAUAAACGCCUAUUUUUCUAUAAA